UUGCUGGAGGACUCAGUAACUGCGGAUCCCAACACCCGGACAAACUGCAAAGAGAGGCUCUGCUUUGUACACGUACGUCGAAGAAAAUAAUUUGCGAUGCUGAAUCGACUCAAUUUAUUGCUGGUGGUUGUGUCGGCUUCCCAGGCAUGGGCUGGAACUGUUAUCACCUCUGGCUCUAUGCAGAACAAUUGCUAUGUCCCUCAACUCGAUGAAGACUUGUGCUCUACGCUGUACUCUGUAUGUCGGACGUCACCCCAGAAGCUGUGCCUAGCGCAGAGUGCCAUGCAAUGUCUGCCAGACUUGGGCAUGCCUGUUUCCGUUGCAAAAAGCAUAGAGCGAUAUCUUAUCGAAAUAAUUACUGUAAUCACCCGCCCUCCGGCAGUGAGCACCACCGUACAACCUGUAACCAUCCCGCCUAGUACUAGUACUACUUUGUCACCUAAAAUCAAUUGGAAAUACCCCAUUAACCCAGACCCUGUCCCUGGAAUUAUUCAUUUCCCUGGAGGAAUUACUGUUCAAACUGGGAAUAUUUACUUGGAUGGUCUCAUUUCGGUUCUGUCGUUGAUUAACGAAGUACAGAUUCAGCAAAUUUUAGAACUGAUGAUGGCUCAAAUGCAAGUCGUGGCGUCUCCUGCAGACUUUGAAGCUCAAUUGCCUUACCUUCAAACUUUGACUGAAAGCCUCGAUACUCUUAUUCAAAUAUUCUCUAUCAGCGAAGUCAACACUGCAACCAUUGAAUAUUAUGUCAGGAAUCUACUGUACACGAACCCUGAACUUUUCCAGUGGCUUGUUACAGUCGUCGAACAGAUCUUUGAAAACUUAGCCAUCACGAAGGUCGUUUAUCCAGAACAAAUAACAACAAUAGAUGCAUACUACAUAGUUUUUGAGACAACUUAUAGCGAGCGGCAAGACUUGUACUUCUGUCACGGUGAACCGAACCCUGUUUUGUGUGAACGUUACUGUACCGAUACCUAUGGAGGGAACUGGAUCACAAUCCAAGCAAGAGAAAGGCAGAAUCCAGACGCUGGAUUGUUCGACACAACCUUGGAUAACUACAGAAAAGGAUUCGGGGACCUGCAGAAAGGUUACUUCAUGGGUCUGGACUGUUUGAAUUCAAUAACUACUUCGGGACGGCAUGAACUUCUCGUCGAACUAACAGAUGCUUCAGGGGCUACAGCUUUGGCUCACUACGAGUCCAUCGUCGUCGGAGGUCCUGAGAGCAACUAUGAACUCCACCUCGGAAAAUACCUCGGAGGUGCGGCGGGCGACGCGCUGCGGGCGUCCGAUGGCCGGGGGUUCACGACGCUGGACCGCGACGUGGACGCCUUCCUGGGCAACUGCGCCGUCAAGCACAAAGGUGGUUGGUGGUACGACAACUGCGUCAAAUCAAGCGUGAAAAACUUUUUGAACGGAUACUUUUCGUCCAAUGCUGAAGGCGACGACCGAAUCGAAAAAUUCCCUUUCUUUGGAGUGCGUUGGUCAACCCUGCAGACGCCAUAUGUGCUGGUGGCAACACGCAUGUUCAUACGUCAGGCAGAGAAUCAACAGUUCAUCUUCGGUGCCGUCAAAGGAACUCAAGACGCAGAAAGAGUCUUUGUCGAUGUCGCCAACACAUUGUCAACGUUCGUGAAAACUGUGUAAAUCCUGAACAUUUGAUGACAAGCUUGUUUACAAUUCGUGGCAACUGAAAAUAGUGAUGAAUGCCUUCAUAUAUUUUGGAAUGAUUCCGCAAGAACGUUGUAGGGAGCAACGGUGUAAAAUCUUUUCUGUUGUAAAACCAACAGUAGACUAAAGUUUGGUUGAAUUAUGGUUGCAUCAUGUAAGAUUUGAAAGUUUUACAUGUUAUGCUGCUAAAAUUAACUUCCCAAAUCUAUUGUUAUGCACUUCUUUUCUUCUAUUUCUGUCAUGUUAGACCACAAAUUGUUUGCUGCUACUUUUGAGGAAUACAUGAAAGCUAUCACAAUCCAUUUAUAAUUACCCCAAUUACCUUUUUACGAUGAUAUGACUACGAUGCAAAGCU